AUGCUCAUCAACUUUCUUCAAAAACUUCAAGUGAGAGAUACUCGCUAUGACAUGGUUUUCGCAUAUGGUGCCCUUCUCUUUGAAAUUCCAAAGCGUCUCGGUACCAAUGCCGCCUUGGAUGCUUCUGUGAUGGCAAUGACUUCGGCGAUUGCAGGCAUAGAAGGCAAUCGCAAGUCUCCAGAAAUCCUAACCCGAUACGGGAAUGCCUUGCGGUCACUCAAGACAUGCCUGGAUGACCCAGUUGCAGUUCAAUCAUCCAGUACGUUGUGUGCCAUAUAUAUCAUUUGGAUUUGUCAGGCCUGGAUCUGCCCUGACGAGAACAUGUCACUCUCUGGCCACUCAUCGGGAAUAGUGAAGUUGCUUGCUACUGUACCAUACAAAGAUUCAGCGGAUCCUUUCGAUCGUGGCAUACUGCUGACUAUAGCAGGACCUGUGGUCUUCGAGAGUCUCGUAGAUCCUACAAUAAAACUGAAUCCAUGGCUCAAGAAGGUUGUGUUAGAGAACGAGAGACCGUUGGUGGAAGACGGCAGCGAAGAUACCGUCAGCUUGACGGAAAACUAUCAACAACGAUCUCAGGUGGGUCGGGUUAUGUCAUCAGUCAUCCGUAUUCCCGAAUUUCUGCAAUACAACCCAGAGCUUCUCAAUGAAAUCAUCUCCAUCCAUCGAGAUGUGCAGAAAACAUGCAUCAAGCUGCAUGCAAAAUUGAUCGAGGUAAAACUCGACUUUCGAAAUCAGGUAUUCCUCGAGAUGCCGAAGCAACCUCGGAUUCCAAUUUCCCCAAAUCGGCUGUAUGCAUUUUAUCAAAAGCUGUACGGGAUCUUUCUCAAUAUUGAAGUGAUGUUUAACGGCAUCCUGCAAGCGUACAAUCCUAGAGAUGCAACGCUAGCAGCUCGUUCUUCCCAAAUCUGCCAAGAGAUCAUCGACCUUUCACUAGCGGCGUUAGAUCUCAGGCCUCUUGGAGCUGGCUGGAUACCAAUCUGCUUCAUAUCUGCCUGGGCCGCAACUUCCAACGAACAGUCAAAAGCCCUCCUCGAAGAGGCUUGGUACAAGUGCUGGGCCACUUAUUCUAUGUUGGAUUUACCAUCCUGUGGGAAACAGUCUGAGAAGCUCUACCAGCGCCUUCGUCAGGCAGUCGCCAAUGCGAACAUGAUAAGACCUGAAUCUACCUUUUGGUGA